GUCCCAUUCGUGGUGCUGUGCAGUGUUUUUUUUUCUGUGCUAAUAUUUGAAGUGAUCUGUGAAGUGCGAAGAUGUUUGUGACGAGUGAAAGCUGUUAGAAAAGAGAAUGUAGCCUUCUCGUCGCAUCAGAGAAGUUUCAACCCCAAGUGUCACAACAAGAUGGAAGAGAAACAGAACGAAGAGAAUGUGCGGUGUUGAACAAGGAAAACCUAUACGGGAGUGAUGUGCGAAAACAUGCCGCAUCUGUCGAUUUACGAAAACUUCAACAAAAUCCUUAACCAACUAUACACGAGUAUUUUUCCUUACGAUUCCGGCCGAAUAAAACAUAUCUAAAAUGUCAAUAGAGUUUUGUUUUUAUCGAAACCAGCAUACGUGAUCUCAAUUCUUAAACAUGAAGAUUAAAAGACUGUCCUGUAUAUUCACUAAAACGCGGCACGACGUCCGGUGAUACAUGGAAGAAUGUUGAACAUAUUAAAUUAUAUUCUAAAUGGUAGUGAGAUAUUAAAGAUUAUUUUCCUCCCCGAACCUAGGACAAUUGAAACGUGUCGUGUGGACUUUUCGGUACGAUGAAACACAAGUAAACGAGUAUUUUGAUGUUAGAGUUUUAAUUUUCAAAGGUUGACGUCACUAACGAGCGUUUUCUCUGUUCCUCUUUUCCUGCCCAAUUUUCCCGCCUUUCCAACAUAGGUGGAGGUGUUUUUGGCGGGAAGUCGCACCAUGCUGAGGCACGGUUGCCAACUGACUGGCUCCGUUUGUCUUCUGCUCCUGUUGACAACUUCGCACGUCUUCGCCAGCGGAGGCAAUUUCUCUCUCUUCCCCUAUAUUCAAUAUUUAACUCAUCCGCCGGAGAUCACGCUGCGACCGCGGAACCAACAAGUCAAGGCGGGCGGGAUCGCGGCGUUCUACUGCGCGGCGCGGGGCGACCCCAGCCCCGUCAUCGUGUGGCGCAAGAACGGCAAACGAGUGUCGGGCACACAGAGCCGAUAUCUGGUCCAGGAGUUCAACCAGGGAAGUGCGAGCCUGCUGAGGAUAGAGCCUGUGAGAGCCAGCAGAGAUGACGCUAGCUACGAGUGUGUGGCAGAGAACGGCGUGGGAGACGCGGUCAGCGCUGACGCCGUGCUCUCUGUACAUGAAGUGGACAAGCUGCCCGAUGGGUUCCCAGAGAUCACUCUUCCUCCGAGCACCAAGGUGGUGGAGAUCGGACACAACGCCGUGCUGGUGUGUUCCGCGGCCGGGAGUCCGCCCCCUAGGAUCACGUGGGUCAGGGAGAUGAUACCCGUGGACACUGCGAACAAUCCGCGGUACACAGUGCUCGAGUCCGGCCGACCAGGUGCUCUCCAGAUCACCAACAGUAUGGAGGAGGACCAAGGCAAGUACGAGUGUGUCGCUGAGAACAGUGUCGGCACCGAGUACUCCCACUCCACCAUGCUAUAUGUCAAAGUGCGGCGAGUGCCUCCGUCUUUCUCCAUCCCUCCACCUCCGCAGCACGAGGUGAUGCUAGGUCAGGACCUGAACCUCACCUGUGUGGCUGUCGGGUCACCCAUGCCGUACGUCAAGUGGAGGCGAGGCCCUGCGACUGACCUGACGCCCGAAGACAAGCUGCCCAUCGGUCGUAACGUCCUCGAGCUCACCGGGAUUCAGGAGUCUGCCAACUACACGUGUGUGGCAGCCAGUGCUCUUGGAGUCAUAGAGGCUACUACCCAGGUCAAAGUGCAGUCACUCCCCGGACCGCCGACCAACAUCCAAGUCUCAGACAUUACUGCAACUUCCGUCAGGCUGACCUGGACAUAUCCCUCCGAUGACUUGCAGUAUUACGUGAUCACCUACAAGCCCAAGUACGCCAACCAAGCCUUCAGUGAGAUCUCGGGGAUCAUCACAAUGCAUUACACCGUCCGCUCGCUCAGUCCGUACACGGAGUACGAAAUGUACGUCAUCGCCGUCAACAACAUCGGACGAGGUCCUCCCAGCGCUCCCGUCAUCGUUACCACCGGGGAGACAGUGGAAACCACAGGAACAAAACCUGGGUCUGUUCCUCGGAACGUCCAAGUCAGGCCUCUCAGCUCCAGCACCAUGGUGAUACAGUGGGACGAACCUGAGACUCCCAACGGUCAAGUCACGGGCUACAAAGUGUACUACACAGAGAACCCUCAGCAACCGAUGGCAUCGUGGGAGUCUCAGAUGGUAGACAACAAUCAGCUGACCACCAUCAGUGACCUAACACCUCACACCAUCUACACUAUCAGGGUGCAAGCCUUCACCAGUGUGGGGCCGGGCCCGCUGUCUGCCCCCGUACUGGUCAAGACACAGCAAGGAGUUCCUAGUCAGCCACAGAACUUGAUCACGACGGAUGUUGGGGAGACUUCUGUGUCGCUUCAGUGGAGUAAACCCUCUCACUCGGGUGAGAACAUUGUGAGCUAUGAACUCUACUGGAAUGACACUUACGCAAAGGAGAAACACCAUCGUCGGAUACCUAUCUCGGAGAGUUACACUUUGAUCGGUCUCUAUCCCAACACUCUCUACUACAUCUGGCUAGCAGCGAGGUCACAGCGAGGGGAGGGGGCAACUACCCCUCCUAUCCCCGUCCGCACCAAGCAGUACGUGCCGGGGGCCCCGCCUCAGAACGUGAGUGGAUUGGCAGAGGGCCCCACCAGCAUCAGAGUGUCUUGGCGGCCGCCCCCCGCCGAGCGGAGCAAUGGCCACAUAGUGUACUACAAGCUGCACUACGUAGAGGCGGGACGCAGCGAUUCUGAAGCAACCGAGGUCAAACUGAACACAACCUCGUUUCUAAUCGACGAGCUCAAGCGAUGGACCGACUACCGUAUCUGGGUAUUGGCCGGCACGAGUGUUGGUGACGGUCCGCCCAGCUACCCCAUCAAUGUCCGCACUCACGAAGACGUUCCCGGAGAUCCACAGGAUGUCAAGGUACAAGCCAUCAACUCCACAGCGAUCCAUGUUUCCUGGAAACCUCCUGCGGAGAAGGAGAGGAACGGGAUCAUCCGGGGAUAUCACAUCCACGUCCAGGAGACUAAGGAGGAGGGCAAGAGUUUGCUGAACGAGCCAAUGAGGUUUGACGUGCUGGACGGAGCUGCCUUGCAACUCAACAUCUCAGGGUUGCAACCCGACACCAAGUACUCUGUACAGGUGGCAGCACUGACUCGCAAGGGUGACGGAGACAGGAGUCAGCCUGUCAGUGUCAAGACGCCCGGUGGAGUACCCAACAGACCAACUGUCAACCUCAAAAUUUUAGAGAGAGAACCAGAAGUUAGCAUAGAGCUGGAAUGGAGCCGUCCCACCAUGACUUACGGAGAGUUGGAAGGCUACAGACUGCGAUACGGAGUCAAGGAGACACCCCUCAAAGAGGAGCUGAUGAAGGAAACGUCCUACAAAAUUAACCAACUAGAACGUGGGGUGGAGUAUGAGUUCAGGAUCGCUGGCAAGAACGCCAUAGGGUUUGGUCAGGAGACAAUCAAAUACCUGUUGACGCCCGAGGGACCCCCUACUGGACCUCCUGCCAACCUCUCACACCACUUUCAGACGCCUGACGUUGUAUGUGUGACGUGGGAACAGCCUUCCAGAAUACACCGGAACGGACAGAUCACUCAUUACGAUGUUCAGUUCCACAAGAAGAGCGAUCAAUCUACUGUAAUGGAUAGGAACACCACUGCGACUAAGGCGGUGUUCUCUAAUCUAGAGGAGAGUGCAGACUACAUGUUCAGAGUGAGAGGGCACACUCGAGCCGGUGCAGGACCAUGGAGUGAUCGUGUGCCGGUCACCACAGACCGUGACAUCGUACGAGCGCCGAUGGGAGUGCGAGCCGUGGCUACGUCAGACCAGAGUGUAGAAGUGUGGUGGGAGACAGUGCCUAGCCGAGGGAAGAUCAUCGGAUAUCAGCUGUUCUACACCAUGACAGCUGUAGAGGACCUGGACGAGUGGCAGCAGAAGACGGUUGCUCUCACAGAGUCAGCUGAUCUGGUAAACCUGGAGAAGUACGCUCAGUACGCCAUCGCUGUGGCCGCCCGCACCAAGAAUGGUCUCGGAAGGCUGUCAGAGAAGGUGACAGUCAAGGUCAAGCCAGAAGAUGUUCCGUUGAACCUGAGAGCUCAUGAGGUCAGCACUCACAGUAUGACUCUCUCCUGGGCUCCUCCCAUCAGGCUCAACCCUGUCAACUACAAGAUAUCCUACGAUGCAGUCAAGGAGUUUGUUGACUCCCAGGGAAUCACUCAGACCCAAGUAGUGCCUCGAAGAACGAUUCUGCUCGAUACAGAUACUCGUUCACACACAAUCAACGAACUGUCACCGUUCACAACAUACAAUGUGAACGUGUCUGCAAUCCCGUCCGAUCACACGUACCGACCUCCUACCAGGAUCACGGUCACCACUCAGAUGGCGGCGCCUCAGCCUAUGGUCAAACCUGACUUUUACGGGGUUGUCAAUGGCGAGGAGAUACAGGUUAUUUUACCACAAGCAUCAGAAGAGUAUGGCCCAAUCAGCAAUUACUACUUGUGUGUAGUACCUGUUGAUAAUAAGUUGGGCUUGCAUAAACAUCCUGAUCAAUACAUACUUGAAGAGCUGUUCAAUAAUAGUAAAUCAAAACCAAACGAAAUAGUGCCUUACAUUGCUGCCAGAUUUCCACAACGUAACAUUCCGUACACAUUUCACCUCGGGAGUGGAGACACUUACGAUACCUUUGUUAAUCGUAAACUCGACCCGACAAUGAGUUACCGCAUCUUCGUCAGAGCUAUUGUCGACACUCCCUAUAAGCACCUGUUCACAUCAUCACCGUUCUCGGAACCUCUGUCGCUUAGCAUGCGUGAGGUGCCGCCAGGUGACCCUCCGCGCAGACCCAACCCCAAUAUCCUGACAGACAUCUCCGAGGUGUCAGUCAACCGCAACACAGAGGAGGCGGGGAUGGUGUGGGUCAUUGGACCAAUCAUAGCGGCUCUCAUGCUGUCCAUCUGUCUGGUGCUGCUCUUCAUCAUCAAGAAACGCCGCCAGCCAUGCAAGUCCCCAGACCAGGCCGCCGUCACCCGACCACUGAUGAGUGGGGAGGUCGCUACGAGUCAUGCUCCCUCUGAUCCUGUAGAGAUGAGACGACUCAACUUCCAGACUCCCGCCAUGAUCUCUCACCCCCCCAUCCCCGUCACGGAACUCUCCAAUCACAUUGAGCGUCUUAAAGCUAAUGACAAUCUCAAAUUUUCUCAGGAAUAUGAGUCUAUAGAGACCAGCCAACAGUUUACAUGGGACCAUUCCAACAUGGAGGUGAACAAGCCUAAGAACCGCUACGCCAACGUGAUCGCGUACGACCACUCUCGAGUGAUCCUGCAGCCAAUGGAGGGAGUGUUGGGCAGCGACUACAUCAACGCAAACUACUGCGACGGAUAUCGCAAACACAACGCUUACAUCGCCACUCAGGGACCACUGCAGGAGACCACCAGUGACUUCUGGAGGAUGUGUUGGGAGGUGAGGACAGCCACUAUCGUGAUGAUGACUAAGCUGGAGGAGAGGACGAGGAUCAAGUGUGACCAAUACUGGCCGUCCCGUGGCACCGAGACUUACGGAGUCAUCACAGUCACGUUGUCUGACGUACAGGAACUGGCUACGUACUGCAUCCGCAGCUUCCAGAUCACCAGGGCUGGACACAGUGACCGUCGUGAGGUGAAGCAGCUGCAGUUCACAGCUUGGCCAGACCACGGUGUCCCUGACCACCCUGCGCCGUUCCUACAGUUCCUGCGCCGGGUGAGAGGCUGCAACCCGCCGGACGCCGGGCCACUGGUGGUACACUGCAGUGCCGGUGUGGGCCGUACUGGGUGCUUCAUCAUCAUUGACUCCAUGAUUGAGCGCAUGCGCCAUGAGAAGAGUAUCGAUAUAUAUGGACACGUCACCUGUUUGAGAGCUCAACGAAAUUACAUGGUGCAGACGGAGGACCAGUACAUAUUUAUCCAUGACGCCCUACUGGAAGCUGUGAUCUGUGGCAACACUGAGGUUCCGGCCCGCAAUCUCCAUCAGCACAUACAGAAGUUGAUGCAGCCAGAAAUGGGGGACACCACCACAGGCAUGGAGUUGGAGUUCAAGAAACUGUCGAACAUCAAGUGUGAUUCUUCUCGCUUUGUAUCGGCCAACCAGCCGUGCAACAAGCACAAGAACCGACUGGUGCACAUCCUGCCCAUAGAGAGCACCAGGGUGUGUCUCACACCAUUGCGUAACGUAGAAGGAUCAGACUACAUCAACGCCAGUUUGAUCGACGGAUACCGCACACGCGCCGCAUACAUCGCAACGCAAGGCCCCCUACAGGAGACUGUGGAAGACUUCUGGCGCAUGCUUUGGGAACACAACUCCACCAUUGUCGUCAUGCUCACCAAGCUCAAGGAAAUGGGAAGGGAGAAGUGCCACCAGUACUGGCCGAGCGAGAGGUCAGUGAGGUACCAGUGUUUUGUGGUUGAUCCGAUCGCAGAGUACAACAUGCCUCAAUACAUCCUGCGAGAGUUCAAGGUCACAGACGCACGAGAUGGCAGCUCUCGCACUCUCAGGCAGUUCCAGUUCAUUGACUGGCCCGAGCAGGGCGUGCCUAAGUCGGGCGAAGGGUUUAUAGACUUCAUCGGACAAGUGCACAAAACUAAGGAGCAGUUUGGCCAAGACGGACCCAUCACUGUACACUGCAGUGCGGGGGUUGGUCGCACUGGAGUGUUCAUCUCUCUGAGCAUAGUGUUGGAGCGAAUGCAGUACGAGGGAGUCGUGGACAUGUUCCAGACUGUGAGAAUCUUACGAACCCAGAGACCCGCCAUGGUUCAGACAGAGGACCAGUACCAGUUCUGUUAUCGAGCCUCUCUAGAGUACCUCGGAUCGUUUGAUCACUACACCAACUGACACCAGGCCGGGGUCGAGUACUGCGCCUAGACAGUGACAGUGUGUGUUGUGUAGUUAGUGUACAUUCACUCAGACAUAUCACCUAGUAGGCACAUCCGUUGUUGGAUCGAUUGAAUGACUCGCCCCCGAGGCAUCACGUCUCCCGGUUUUACAGACUUUCCGCUUUCAAUAUUUCGAUAUUGGCGCUUCUGUGCAUAUGUAAACAAGUUCACCUCGGACUAACGAGAAUCAGUGUUAGGAUGAAUUAAAUUUCCCUCCCUUUCCUGGUCCUAUAGAGUAUAAAAUUAUUGAGGUUUGAAUUUUUUACUAGUAAUAACUUGUUGACGAUCGUCUCGAACCGGUUACAGUUUCAACAUUCCAACGGCGAGCGGCGGAUCCUUUUUGGGAUGCGUUUGUAUCAAUAGAUCGAGUCCAAAUUAUUAUGAGUUGACGUCUAGCUAUUUGUAUCCUUGUGAUUAUGUUUUAGAACAUAAGUUGUGCUAAAUUUGUAUUAGUGUUGAUUUAGCUAGAUUUUAGAUUAAGAUUUUUUACCCGAGGUCACAAUAAGUCAGUUCAGUUAGCUCGUUAAAGGUUGGUUUUACAUGAGGGAUGUUGGUAAAACUGUGCCUGCCGCCACUGCCAGGCUUACCACUACGCACAUGUAGUUAUUGUAUGUUUUAUCCCUCUUCUUUUUGGGAGUUGUGGUUUUUGGAAGAUUCAGCGAAUCAUGACAUUAAUUUUAAGUACGCACUGACUGUUAUUUAGAUUUAGAUAUAUAUAUAUAUUUUAUAUAGUUUUGUUAAGUUGUGAACGAUGACUGGUCGGCAUUCUAUUUCAUAGUAGGAGAAUAUUGUCUUACCGAAGAACUUAAAAUAUAAUUUAUGUAGGUACCAUUUACAACUGUACAUUUGACAACAGUUCCUCAUCUUACAAAAAAGUAAUUUUUGCAUGGUAUGAGCAACAUUCUAUAUUACUUAUUGCACUUCUAUUAAUCAAUAAUUUAAAUGCAUGCCAAAUUCUAUCUGUAGGUACAUGUACCUAUUUCAAUCCAUCUUCAUGCCACUUUGUCAUCGUUAUACUGGUGUAGUCUAGUCAGUGUAGGUUUCUACUCAAGUACAACGCCUAGCUUUAUUUCUGCCACACUAUGUUAAGCCAUAACUCAUCAAGACAUAUUUCUAGACAUUGACUGUUUAACAUCAUAAUAAAUAUAAGUAUUUCUUAAUUCAAAGUAAAGACCUGAAACUUAACAUACCAUUUUAUUAACGACUUAUUUUACAAUUUAGUGUACUUAUUUGUAGUUAGGAACUAAAGCCGCAGAAAUAUAUUGUUAUGUGAUGUAGCGUUUAAGCUCAUUUUAUCUUUAUUUUAUACAAUGAGUUUUUACUUAGAUUUCCUGAGCUGAUAUUUUAGAUUUAAUUUGCAUUUACACUGGAUUGUUAAGACAUCUUUUUUUUUAUUUGAUGUCUUUUGUGCAAUAACGACUAAGGGACUUAAAGACAUCAAUGGGUACUUGUAGCUAUAUUUACUAAACCACAACUUCCAAAAGGUUGUUUAGUUUACCUUAUUUUUAAUCGGAUUAGUUAGAUUUUAUAUACAUGUUUAAGACACCAACUUUGAUAUUAUUUUUAAUGUAACCUCUGUAACUUAAUUUAAUCUUAGCCAUGAUUUCAUUUUUUACUUUACUUUAAGGAAGGAUUAGUAUUAAUGGCAGGUCGUCUAAUGAAAUCAGCUGGAAAAUAUAUUGAAGUUGGUUUUGUAA